CUGGUGGCGGCUGCUGUGGAGUCUGUGGGACGGAGACAGUGGAAGUGCCAUCUUCGGCUCGGUUGGCCCAGACUGCGGCUCAUGGCAUUGAGUGGCAUCCGUCGUCAGAUCAUUAACUGAAGACAAAAUAAACAACUAUGCAAAAUUCUCACAUGGAUGAGUACAGAAAUUCUAGUAAUGGCAGCACAGGCAACAGUUCAGAGGUAGUGGUAGAACAGUCUGCUGAUUUCAGUACUGAGAUUAUGAAUGUUACGGAAAUGGAACAGUCCCCUGAUGGAUCUCCUAAUGUGAAUGCAACUACAGAAGAAAAUGAAAUAACAAAUGCUGUGGACCUUCCAGUGACAGAAACGGAAGCAAAUUUCCCUCCAGAAUAUGAAAAGUUCUGGAAAACUGUAGAAAACAAUCCUCAGGAUUUUACAGGCUGGGUAUAUUUGCUUCAGUAUGUAGAACAGGAGAAUCACUUGAUGGCUGCCAGGAAAGCAUUUGACAAAUUUUUCAUACACUAUCCGUAUUGCUAUGGUUACUGGAAAAAGUAUGCAGACCUUGAAAAGCGGCAUGACAACAUGAAACAAUCAGAUGAGGUGCGUUAAACCUCUACAGUUUGUCAAGCUUUGCAGUGCAAGCCUCUGUAUUACACUGCAGCUUAACAAACGCUGUCAUUGAUGCUCUAAUGGGUCUGUGCCCUAUGGUCUGUAACCCAAAGCCUGCCCACACAACCCGGUCAGAAUGCAGGGACUGCUGCGCUUUGAAGAUCAAGACUCUGCACGUGGGGAUCAGAACAUUGCCAUGUUCUAUCCAACCUCCACCCAAAUGGUGUAUCGUCGGGGGCUUCAGGCAAUACCUCUUAGUGUUGACCUGUGGAUACAUUAUAUAAACUUCUUAAAGGAAACAUUGGACCCUGGUGAAUCUGAGACAAACAGUACAAUAAGAGGAACUUUCGAGCAUGCGGUUCUAGCUGCAGGAACAGAUUUCCGAUCUGACAGACUGUGGGAAAUGUAUAUAAACUGGGAAAAUGAACAGGGAAACCUGAGAGAAGUUACAGCUAUAUAUGAUCGUAUUCUUGGUAUUCCAACACAGCUGUAUAGUCACCAUUUUCAGAGAUUUAAAGAACAUGUACAGAAUAACUUGCCUAGAGAUCUGCUAACUGGUGAACAGUUUAUUCAGCUGCGAAGGGAAUUAGCUUCUGUAAACGGACAUAGUGGUGAUGAUGGUCCUCCUGGUGAUGAUCUACCGUCAGGAAUUGAAGACAUUACUGAUCCAGCAAAGCUAAUUACGGAAAUAGAAAACAUGAGACAUAGAAUCAUUGAAAUUCAUCAAGAAAUGUUUAAUUAUAAUGAGCAUGAAGUUAGUAAAAGGUGGACAUUUGAAGAAGGUAUUAAAAGACCUUAUUUUCAUGUGAAACCAUUGGAAAAGGCACAACUAAAAAACUGGAAAGAAUACUUAGAAUUUGAAAUUGAAAAUGGGACUCAUGAACGAGUUGUGGUUCUCUUUGAAAGAUGUGUCAUAUCAUGUGCCCUCUAUGAGGAGUUUUGGAUUAAGUAUGCCAAGUACAUGGAAAACCAUAGCAUUGAAGGAGUGAGGCAUGUCUUCAGCAGAGCUUGCACUAUUCAUCUUCCAAAGAAACCCAUGGUGCAUAUGCUUUGGGCAGCUUUUGAGGAACAGCAGGGUAAUAUUAAUGAAGCCAGGAAUAUCUUGAGAACAUUUGAAGAAUGUGUUCUAGGAUUGGCAAUGGUUCGUUUGAGAAGAGUAAGUUUAGAACGACGGCACGGAAAUAUGGAAGAAGCUGAACAUUUGCUUCAGGAUGCCAUUAAGAAUGCCAAAUCAAAUAAUGAAUCAUCGUUUUAUGCUAUCAAACUAGCCCGGCAUCUUUUCAAAAUACAAAAAAACCUUCCAAAAUCAAGAAAGGUGCUUUUGGAAGCAAUCGAAAGAGACAAAGAGAAUACAAAGUUAUACCUCAAUUUACUUGAAAUGGAAUAUAGUGGUGACCUCAAACAAAAUGAAGAAAAUAUCCUAAAUUGUUUUGACAAAGCUAUACAUGGUUCAUUACCUAUUAAAAUGAGAAUUACAUUUUCUCAGAGAAAAGUGGAAUUUCUUGAAGAUUUUGGUUCAGAUGUUAAUAAGCUUUUGAAUGCUUAUGAUGAACAUCAAACACUCCUAAAAGAACAGGAUUCCUUAAAAAGGAAAGCAGAAAAUGGAUCAGAAGAACCAGAGGAAAAGAAAGCUCACACAGAAGAUACAACUUCAUCAUCUACACAGAUGAUUGAUGGUGAUUUACAGGCAAAUCAAGCUGCAUAUAAUUAUAGUGCCUGGUAUCAAUACAAUUAUCAGAAUCCUUGGAAUUAUGGACAGUAUUACCCUCCCCCUCCAACCUGAUGAGAAAAUGUAUCAGAUGGAAUGUGUGAAAAAUACGAAAUUAUUUUUUUUUAAUGAGGGAUGUAAACAUAGCGUAAACUUGUUGUAUUUGAUAAUUUGUUUUCCUGUUUCUGUGUAACAUGAUUUGUUUAGUAAUAGGGGAAAAUGUCACUUAGUAGCUUACCACAGAUACUAUUUCCUACCAUUUAUAAAAUUUACUUUUUAUUGGAGAACUAUUUUUUUGAUUUUUGCAUUAAGUGGUCUAGAAUUCUUUUGCAGUGCAUUUGCAACAGAGUUUUGUAGCCUUAAGGGGUAGGAAAAAAAAACUGACUGCAAAUCAUGUCAGUGUAGUACAAGAUCUGAAAAUACAUAAGGGCUGGUUAUUAAGGAUUUACCUCUGUAAAAAAAAUGGAUUUUUAACCUUUGAUGACAAGGUUUUGUCGUUUCAGUUAUCCUUGUGAAUUUGGGUUUAACUGCAGAAAAGAUAUACUAUUAAACACUAUGUCUUGGGAUAGAGAUUAUAAAUGAAAAAAAUGAAAUGUUUGCAUCCCUUUUAAAAAAUGAAAAUCAUAUCAAAAGUAUGUUGUUUCAGGAGACUUUGUAUUUAGAAUAUUCAUGUAAAACUUGUGAGCAAGCUUUCAUUUUGAUCAAACUGAUCAUCAUUUUUGUAAUAAAACUGAAGAAGACUCCUCUACAAAUUGUUACGAAUUUAUUGGGGGGUGGAUCACCUCACAGUAUUAACUUUUAUUCAUCAUUAUUAGUGGUUCAUUGGUUU